UCCUGACAGGUCCGUUGUGAUUUCUUUGACACUUCUGUCCGUCGCUGUGCUUCUGAGGACAUUUUUAUCACCUGUCAAUGGACGCUCAUAAAAGGCGUGUAUGUGUGUCCUAGUCGGUUAAUGUUCAACGCAUCUCCGGCUUCACCCAGCCAGUCCAUGGCCGAUCAGCAUGAGUCCAUCGAUCUCACCUCUCCUUCAGUGGACCCGUCAGCAGCUGCAGGACACAGCUGGUUCCCUGGGCCCCCUCCACCCAUGUAUUCCUGCACCCUGACCCCUGAGCUGGUGCACAAGGCACGGGAGGAGCUCCAGGAGAAGCCAGAGUGGCGCCUGCGGGAUGUCCAAGCACUGAGAGACAUGAUACUGAAGGAGCAGCCCAAUCUCAGGACUAGGCUGGAUGACGCUUUUCUCCUGCGUUUCCUGCGGGCCAGGAAGUUCGACUAUGACCGUGCCCUGCAGCUGCUGCUCAACUACCACGCAGGCCGAAAGGCUUGGCCGGAAGUGUUCCAGGACCUGAAGCCAUCCACAGUGAAACACGUCCUGGACUUGGGUUUCCUCACAGUCCUGCCACAGCCGGACCCCAACGGGAGAUACAUCCUCUGUCUGCGGCCAGGAAAAUGGAAACCGAAUGAUUAUCCAUUUGUUGACAAUGUGAGGGCCAUUUAUCUGACUCUGGAGAAGCUGAUCCAGCCGGAGGAAACGCAGGUGAACGGUAUCGUCAUCUUAGCCGACUACACCGGAGUGGGCAUGUCACAGGCGUCCAAUCCAGGCCCAUUCCUCGCCAAAAAAGUUGUGAGCAUCCUCCAGGACGGUUUCCCAAUCAGAAUCAAGGCCGUUAACAUAAUAAACGAGCCCAGGAUUUUCAAAGGCAUCUUCGCUAUAAUUAAGCCUUUUCUGAAGGAGAAGAUGGCAGAGAGGUACAUCCUCCACGGCUCAGACUUGCGCUCUCUGCACCGGAACAUCCCACGGUCGGUUCUGCCGGAGGAGUAUGGCGGCACUGCGGGCCAGCUGGACUUAUGUGCGUGGUCGAGAGUGCUUCUGGACUGUGAGGAGGAAUUUAUAGUGGAGUUCUGCCAGCCGGAUCCACUAGAGGGCGUGGUGCUCCCAGACUCCAUGCUGUUUGAAGGAGCGCAGGCCAGCGGGCAGGAUGACGACACCUUUAGGGGGCUGCGCUCUCAACUCUACUACUGUUACUGACGCAGACUGUAGAUGCACUCACUCCCACCACUGAGAGGACAUCUUCUGUUUCAUUUGAAACAAGUGUGUAGACUUUUACAGGGCAAGUUGCCAAUAUUAUACAUGAUUUAUUUUACUAACUAAGCAGCACUGCUAUAGGUGGAUAGUUUAAUGUAGUUUACACGUAGCCCAGCAUUCACUCAUGGUUCCAAGGCAGCUGUAGGCUUUUGACAUGAGCCAGUGCAUGUUUGGCCAUCAUCGUCGGUGGCCCCUCUAUUCAGUUAUUUCUGGUAUUUGAAGGAUAAAUUCAGAGUUUUUUAAAUAGUCAGACGCCCAUAUGUACAUUGAAGCAUGUUUUGCUUGAUGUAAUCAUUCUUCCUGUCCACACUGGCCAUUUAAAAAAAACAUAUUAAUGUGCUUUCAGUGCAAGAGAUGUGCGGACAAAAGCCACAGUCUUCGUUUUGUAUUUAGCAGAAGCUAAAAUGAGACAUCAGCAGAACUGGUUCGACAGAUCAAGUGGAUGGUUUAGCACAAAAUUCCCUCGUGUUACUUACUCUCUACCACAGAGGGGAAACAAAAAGGGGAACUUCCUUCUAAAAACACUAAAACUUUUGAAUUUACCGGCCUCAUCUGGCCAACUGAAUCUACUGAGGCCUCAUAUUAAGACUGUGGGACGUGGAUCUCUUAACAGACACUAUGAACAGGAGGAGUGAUUACAGCUAGCAAAAACAGUCUCAAUGCACAUAUGGGCAUGUUUGUACUGCUUUAAAUGGAUAGUUCACCCCAAAAUCAAAAAUACACAUUUUUCCUCUUACCAGUAGCACUGUAUAUCAGUCUAGAUUGUUUUAGUGUGAGUUGCUGAAUG